CCCGUUUGACAGUCGCCUGACAGGCCAUUGAUUGGGUUCGCACACGACUGAGCUCAUGGCAAUUAGCCGGGGUCGGUCUGGAUGAUCAUGUAACAACCUCGCUUCCAGUCCGGUCCAUUGGACCCCGAUGUUGUUCAUUAAAGGUCGACACUUCCGGCCUCGUAUCGAGCCAUCUUCGAACACAUCCGCAACAUCAACAGAUUUACGACAAUGAUGCUUUUGAAACCAUCUCGUGAGAGGCUGUUCGGGAUGCCUGUAUCUGCCUCGCAAGAUUUUCCACUUGCCACCCUCCCUCAUAAUGGAUUCAAAAGCGUUGCGAGCCGUGGUCGCACGGCAGCUCAACAGAGCACCCACGGAUAAUUGCGGAUGGGCAGCCAACAGCAACUCCAAUGAGCCCUGUGCCGUGAAGUUUUGCGGCCUCGAUCACUCUUAUGCCUGCAGCAAUCUGGUCUUCUUUCUCCGGGACGCUUGCGACUACUGCAUGAAUCCCGAAUCCCCACCUUUAACUUGGCAGGAAUAUGCACUGGAAUACCAUUGCGAUCCUUCAACACCUUCACCCAUUCGCACCGACCUUCCAUCCGCAUCUCAAUCCAACGUUGUUCCAUCGUGGGCAUUGGCUAUGGCUGCGGCGACGCCUUUCCCUACCACUUUUGACAUUCAAGCAGCCCAAAACCUGGCCAGUUUUUGUAUUGCAACAUCAGGAACUCCACCAUCUGCUCCGGGCAUGUCAUCCACGUCAAGUUCAGCCUCAUCCGCCUCAUCCACUUUCUCGGCCAUGUCCUCAACUGAAGCAUCAUCCUCGCCGACCAAUCUGACUCCGCUCAAGGGGGCAUCUGUCCCGUCCGGCAUCAACGCUGGAGCCAUCGCAGGCGGGGUCAUUGGUGCUAUGCUGUUCGUACUGGUGACUGGUGUCGUUUUCUGGGUUGUCUAUCGACGGCGGAAGCGAUCACGCAUGGCUCCUUCCGCUGUAUACAAGGCCGCGCUGCGCGCUGGAACCCCGAACUACCACCAUGUCAUGACGAGUGCGGAUCCCUUCGAGGACUCGCCCAGAACUUCGACGGAUGCCCAGCCUUUGUGAUUUUCGACACCGGAAGUCAAUCAGCCCGACUCUCGCUCCGUUGAACACCUUGAAACGUCUCGAGUUCCCGAUAUACAUAUUUCGCUUGUUGAUUCUCGGACAAGAUCCUACGGACCUCUGUGUAAAACCAAGUAUGUACCAAGUUGUAUUCAAUGCCAUCAUCAUCCAGGUCACAGGGCAACCGGCGCGAGGCACGGACAGAUCAGCAUGACUCCCUCUCUAUCGGCGACAGUCGCGUCAUGAGGGGACAUCUCCCAUCUGGAUCGUCUGUUCCCGAAGCGCGGGUGACUCUGGAAUGCUCGAACUGACGGUUGACACGCUCGGGCUAACGCCCAACAACUCGCAUCUUCCAAACUAUGAACGCUCACGACGGAGAAUGCCAUGAACAUGCACCCGGGCUCCGGGCCUGAACCCGGAUCUCGGUUCCUUCGAUCUUGUGGUGGAACGGGCCAUGUUGUCCCCUGAUCGUCCAAAAUAAUUUGUAUUAGACAUGGCUGCUUCCGACUGGAACCCAGUAUGUGAUACUGGCGCUAUUGCCUUGGCAUCGCUUUGGCCCAGCUUUGUUUCGCGGGGGCCAGAAACGAUUGAUUCGAGGGCUCCUCUUCACAGGUCGCGAACUGAAUGCUUAUCUCAGCGUCAUUCAUAUAUUCAACGAGCGAGGGUUUCUCCUGGAGGUGAUGAAAAGAGGUGGACUCGUCGCCCCUGUAAUCUGCAAUAUGGGCUCGAGGAGACACGAUCUUCAACAUCCGAGAACAUUUGUCUCAGCAUGCUACUACGGGACAACUUUUGGAAAAGAUCAUUGAGGCAGAGAUAGAUCCGGAUGCACUCGACGCCAAAAAUCUGAAGACUUGAUGAUCAAGGGCGGCGCUAGAACACCUGAGCGGCAGCGAUUGCUCGACCUAUUCGGGGUGGAAUCGCAUCUCGCGUAUGUCAUGAUAUAUCCGGAGAGCGCAGAGUCAUACUUGCCUAAUAUGGUGGACUCAUCGAGGAAGGCACUGGGCGCAUGUGGAGGUGUUGCAGGAGUGGUCCACGCAAUAGUCAAGAUGAUACAGAUAUUCAUUGUGGAUCACGAAUAGAGUACAUUGUUACAGUUUG